AUGAAUACAUAUGCGACCAAUACCGAUCGUUAUAGAGAGGCGCCUCAUAAUCCUUCAGAAAGAGGUCGCAAACCGAGAGUGAUAGUCCUUAUAAGACACGGUGAAAGUGAAUCAAAUAAAGACAAAAAAGUUAACGAAUUUACCCCAAACCAUCUGAUACCAUUAACAGAAAAGGGAUGGUCCCAAGCAAGACAUGCAGGGGUUGAACUUUUGAGAAUAUUAAACUUAGAUAAUAAUGAUAUAGUCGAAAAUCUGGAAGCAAAAUAUCCAUUACCCCCUCAUAGACAUAAAGGGUUAACACUAAAGGAUUACAAACCUUUAAACCGUCGCAAAGAUAGAAAUAUUGUGUUCUAUACCUCUCCAUAUACGAGAACUAGGGAAACGUUGAAAGGUAUGCUAGAUGUAGUAGAUGAAUACAAUUUAAUAAAUAGUGGUGUUCAUGUAUGCGAAGAUCAUGCGUACAAACCAUGUGGUAAGCAAAAACACUCAAUAUGGCCAUGCAUUCCUAGUGGCCACUAUGAGAAUAAUGAAUCAACCCAUUGUUUUGUAGGUGGGAAUAAAUCAGAAUAUUUACAAUAUAGAGUAAAAGAUGAACCGAGAAUUCGAGAACAAGAUUUUGGAAACUUUCAGGAAGUUAGCAGUAUGCAAGAUGUGAUGAAAAAGAGGGCAACUUAUGGUCAUUUCUUUUUCAGGUUUCCGCAAGGGGAAAGUGCUGCAGACGUAUUUGAUCGAGUAGCUAGUUUCCAGGAAACUUUAUUUCGCCAUUUUGAGGAUAAGCAUUCAAGGAAACCUAGGGAUGUUAUUGUUUUAGUUACCCACGGAAUCUAUGCAAGGGUAUUUUUAAUGAAAUGGUUUAGGUGGACUUACGAAGAAUUCGAAUCUUUCACAAAUGUGCCAAACGGUAGUAUGAUGGUGAUGGAGUUAGACGAAACUGCUGAUCGUUAUAAAUUGAGAACGGUCUUGCCCAAAUGGACGGAAUAA